AUGCUCGCACGGAUCUGGAAACCGACGGAAGCCAUCUCUUUGUGGGUGGAAUUGGUUGAACGGCGGAAGGAGAAGAUCCAUGAAGCAUACAACGCAACCAAUGCAACCGGCAUCGCCGCGAUAAUGGCAGCUCAGCAACUGUUCACUAGGGAGCAACUAUCGUCCUGGGAUUCAAGUGCGAGGUCCUGGCUUCAAACGGCAGAUGCGACUAAACGUUUCCAUCAAACACAACUUAUGCUCAUAAUUAACAAUGUUCGAUUGCCAGUCAAUACAGCUAAGGACCCGUAUGAUAGCGUCAUCAACGCAUGGACGUCCGCGCUGAAAGCUAUGGAACGACUCAUAAGCGGUAUCCCACAAAGGGUUGAAGAUGGUUCCGUUCUUUUAGCAAUAUCAUCUUGGCAUCUUUAUCCUAACAUGCAUGUUUUGGCAGAGAAUGCUAAAGACGUUGAUCUAAACGACCAUCUCAUGAUUAGCUCUCUCCUGACUCUCUCCACGACCGUAGGCGAAACUGCAAAACAGGGUGUGUUCUGGUCGUUGCCCCUAACUCGCAUGCGGUACUACUCGCCGCCUGUGGUUGCAGAGCGUCACUUAGCUUUCGAUACAUCAAGAAUAUCUAUGGGAGAGUUCGAGAUUGUGGUCCUGGGCGCUAUGAUAGCACAAUCAAGAGAAAUAUGUCCUGACGAGCUGAGAAGCUGCAGGUUCAUGGUCACUGUCAACGAUUGCUUUCGACGAGUCGGCCAAGAUCCGCCGCCUUGGUUUGUCAUUCUCGCUGAAGCCGCAGGUCGGGUCAUACAUGCAAACGAAACAACACGUGCACACCUUUUGAAGCUAUUGAAGCUUGGAGGAAGGCGAUGCAAAAGUUUUCUCAGCCAUCCGAGCGACAAACCGCCCUGCUUCUUUGGACUCGGGUAUCAUCACGUGCUGAUUCAGUUGCUGGGCAGCACCGAUGACAAGAUCGCUCUACUUCGACGCGCAGCAAAAGCUCGAGGCCUCAAUACUAAAGAGACCAUGAUUCGAUAUGCCAAUACCCCUAGUUCCGCAGGCUCUUCUCUCCUCGAAUCUAGAUUCACUACGGCUGUUCCACGUAAACGAGCUUCCCGUAAACGACCUGCUGAGGAAAUCGAAGUGCCUGACACGGGACACUACCGUUUUGCGAUCGGACGUUAUUUCAAGGCUACGUCUUCAUGUCACAAUGGACUAGACACUGGCAGUCUAUGUAAAUGCAUCGAUCCAGCAGGUGAAGAGUGUAUUUGUAAAAGGAUCCACGCUCACUGCAACGAGAAUUGCCACCCAGGUGCGAACGCCGCUUGCUCGACCAAACCUUCCCUUCCUCUCCAAUGCAGCUCUAUGGAAUGCCCCGGCGAUGGUGGUUGCGCAGGAUGCUACAAUAGAUCAGCGCAGCUCUCCCUGAAGAAACCGGGCGAGAAGGCCAUCCUGAUACCCCCGACUUCUUUCGAAGGAAUAGACAGUUCACAGUUCCUGCUUCACAAUACCAAAGACGGCAGAAUGAAAACCUAUGGGAUGCUAAUCGGAUACGGAACCACUGGACUGUUCAAGACGAAACCUCAUGUAACAUAUGACAUGUUUUCUUCAGAUGUACGCGAUAAUCUGCCUGCAACUAUGGAUGAGAUUGAAGCAGUCGUUCAAGCUGAUUCGUUCGACAUAAAAGCUAUGGACUUCUUGCGCUGGUGGACUGAAUGGUCCAGUACUGGAUCACAGCAAUUGACAACCUCACUUGAUGCAUUUGCAUUCGCAUCGUUGCUAUACUCGAGGCUUGAAGGCGCUACAGUGACGAUCGAGGUAAUCGGAAAACCACUAUAUGACGCACCGUGGGCCACUCCGAGUAUUCCAUGGGAUAACGACAACGAGCCUGAAUCGCCAUCCGAGGAGUUGGACUGGCUCGAGAACCUGCAAACAGGCUAUCAGGGUGGAAGUAAUAAGGGUAACGACGACGAUGGUCGUAUUCAAUUGAACGGUUCUUCUCGAUCGCCUUCUACAUCUACGAAAGGCCUACGCAACGUGCCAGCCACCUUAGCACGUGAGUUUUCGUGCAUAUCGUGGUUUGAAUCAGCGGAAUUCGACAUACCCCCCGGUAACCUUCAUGGAGUCUUCGCUUUGGCGAACGGCGACUCAAUAUAUGUCGCAUCGGUCUUACUGAACGACCCCGCGGCCAGCACAAGAACUGGUCUGGUCAGGAGAGUGUUCGGCAAUCUGGGUCGCCCUGAGAUCCAUUUCAUCCCCGUCCUCAACCCUCUGGCCAAACUCUGGCCACCUCUCACAGUCCAAGAUGACAUCGAAGCCCAUAUCGACUACAACAAGGAAUACCCAUCCAAGAAGGAACUCGCGUCUCCGCUCGCAGUGACCCCAGAGCAGGCCGUUUUGUUCCGAUACCGCGUUACCUAG